AUGGCGAAAUCUCAGAUCUGGUUUGGAAUUGCCGUAGUGGCGGCGUUGGUUCUAGUUUCAGCCGUGGCAGAAGAUGAUGUGGUUGUUUUGACGGACGAUAGCUUCGACAAGGAAGCUGGUAUAGUUGAAAGCUUAGAUGCAUUGGUAAAAGAGUUAGUCGCAGCAAGUGAAGAUGAGAAGAAGUCGGUGUUGUCCCGCAUCGAAGAGGAAGCAAGUAACCUUAAGGGAUCCACAGCAAGUAAAGGGCAGCUUACUUCAAAGGCUGGUAUAGUUGAAAGCUUAGAUGCGUUGGUAAAAGAGUUAGUUGCAGCAAGUGAAGAUGAGAAGAAGUCGGUGUUGUCCCGCAUCGAAGAGGAAGCAAAUAACCUUAAGGGAUCCACAGCAAGGUUCGGAAAGCUUUACGCGAAACUCGCAAAGAACUACAUAGAAAAAGGUUCGGACUAUGCUAGCAAAGAAACCGAGCGGCUUGGACGCGUCCUUGGCAAGUCGAUAAGUCCGGUGAAAGCUGAUGAACUCACUCUCAAGAGAAAUAUCCUUACCACGUUCGUUGCUUCUUCUUAAAGCCAUAGCUUCAAGCGCUAAGAGAAUAGGAGUCUGAGAGACUCAGAUAACUGAUACGAUUUGUAGAGUCGUCGUCUUGAAAUUUUAUGUUUGUCAAGAUCAAGAUCUGUGGUUAUUUUUGAUCUGGAUAGUUCUGAAACUCUUUUGGACUUGGCUUCUCUGUCUACUGUCUUUGGUGACGAUAAUCAUAAACUUCAUCAAUCCCU